AGGCUGAUUCUCUCAAGGAUAUGAACCUUUCCUUCCUGUUUCUGUUACACAGGCAGCAAAACCUCCGCAUACUGGUCUGGAAUAUACAAACCUAUCAGGCCUCCAUAAUGGCAGCGCUCGUAUCCUUAGGGUUAAAACGGCAGUUAAUUCAUAUCUUUAAUCGCGCUGAAUGCGUGAUAUUAUUAAUAUAGCAUCUGUUAUUGUAGUCAUUGCAUUUAUUGCGGCGACAUAGACACGCGCUGUUCUCCGGCAAUUGUUCUCACCAUAUUCUCAUGGCGGAGACUAAAAUUAUUUACCACAUAGACGAGGAGGAAACUCCGUAUCUGGUGAAGCUGUCAGUGGCCCCGGAGAAGGUAACUUUGGCGGAUUUUAAAAAUGUCCUCAGUAACCGACCGGUCAACAGCUACAAAUUCUUCUUUAAAUCUAUGGAUCAGGAUUUUGGGGUUGUCAAAGAGGAAGUCUCAGAUGAUAAUGCCAAAUUGCCUUGUUUCAAUGGGAGAGUGGUGUCAUGGCUUGUGUUGGCCGAGAGCUCCCACACGGAUGGGAUGUCAGUGUGCACGGACAGUCAUACUGAGCUGCCCCCACCUCUGGAAAGGACGGGAGGCAUUGGAGACUCCAGGCCCCCCUCAUUCCAUGCUAAUGCAGUAAACAGCAGAGAUGGGUUGGACACUGAGACUGGAAGUGAGUCUGUUCUCCGCCACCGUCGAGAGCGAGAGCGUGAAAGGACCAGACGGAGAAGGGAUGAAUUCCCGCGUUUAAACGGUCACUCUAAAGCUGAGCAGCGGGUGGUGAGAGACACAGCCAUGGGUUGUGACAGCGCUUCAGUGAUGAGCAGCGAGCUGGAGUCAAGCUCCUUCCUCGACAGCGAGGAGGACGAGAAUGCUAGCAGACUGAGCAGUUCAACAGGGCAGAGCUCCUCGUUUCAGUUAAUGAAGAGACACAAACGCAGGCGCAGACGACACAAAGUGACAAAAAUUGACCGGUCCUCUUCCUUCAGCAGUAUCACAGAUUCAACCAUGAGCCUCAACAUCAUCACAGUGACCCUUAACAUGGAGAAGUAUAACUUUCUUGGUAUCAGUAUUGUGGGCCAGAGUAAUGAUCGAGGAGAUGGUGGCAUCUACAUUGGCUCCAUCAUGAAGGGAGGAGCUGUGGCAGCAGAUGGAAGGAUAGAGCCAGGAGACAUGCUGCUGCAGGUAAAUGAUGUGAACUUUGAAAACAUGAGCAAUGAUGAUGCGGUUAGGAUCCUCAGAGAGAUUGUUUCAAAGAAUGGCCCUAUCAGUCUCACAGUUGCCAAAUGCUGGGACCCUUCACCUCGGAGUUACUUUACAAUACCCAGAGCUGAACCAGUUAGACCAAUUGACCCAGCAGCCUGGAUUUCCCACACUACUGCACUCACAGGGUCUUACCCACAAAAUGAGUUUGACGAUCUCCCUCUUACAAUGGGAAAGACAGACAUGGCCACCAUCGUCAAGGUGAUGAAGCUCCCAGACUCGGGGCUAGAAAUCCGUGACCGAAUGUGGCUAAAGAUUACUAUUGCCAAUGCUGUUAUAGGAGGGGAUGUAGUGGACUGGCUCUACUCACGGGUCGAAGGAUUCAAAGACAGGCGAGAUGCCAGAAAAUACGCAAGCAGCCUCUUGAAGCAUGGUUAUCUCAGACACACCGUCAACAAAAUCACUUUCUCUGAACAGUGCUACUACACUUUUGGAGAUCUCUGCCAAAAUAUGGCCACACUAAACCUGAAUGAAGGUUCAAGUGGUGCUGGUUCAGAGCAAGACACGCUGGCUCCUCUCCCACCUCCAUCCACUAACCCAUGGCCCAUGGGUGGCCAACCCUUUCCCUAUCCACCCUUCUCCACGGCUCCCUCUGGCUUCCCUCCAGGAUAUUCCGACCCCUGCCACAGUUUUCACAGUGGCAGUGGAGGAAGCCAGCACAGUGAGGUAAGUCGAAGCAGCAGUUCCAACCCCAGUGUUGGGCGGACCCAGCGAUCUUUGCCAAGAGAAAAAGACCGCAAGUCAACUGGUAGUGGCGGCAGUGAAUCAGAUUCAGCCAAUCGAGCGGGUGGAAAGAGGUGUGAACGGUCUGGUAGCCAAUUAAGUCAUCGUAGCCAUGCCCUAUCAUCUCACAGCCACGCCCACUCCGGACACAGCCAGACUCAUUCGCGGGUCCCCUCCCAACAUAGCCGCACAUCCUUCUCUUACAGCCACGCUUCGUUUUCCAAAUAUGGCCGCGCCUCUUGUGCACUCAGUGAACGGAGCCACGCUUCCUCUUAUGGACCCCCAGGUCUGCCACCUCCCUACAGUCUGGCCAGAUUGACCCCUAAGGGCGCUAUCAACAGCGUGCCUCCAGGGGCCCCACCAGUAAGGGAACUGGGGGUCAUACCACCUGAACUUACCGCCAGUCGCCAAUCCUUCCAGCAUGCCAUGGGCAACCCUUGUGAGUUCUUUGUGGAUAUAAUGUGAUCAUCUAAUAAAAACAAAAAAUAGCAGUACACCUAAAUUCAUUUUGUAACCUCACACAGCACCUCUGUUCAUUUGAAGAUGAUGCCAUAUAGGAUUUUACAGUCAGUUUUUACUUACAGUAUUAAAUACUGUGGUCACAGCUAUUUGAAGUAUAAGAUAAGUGUUGAACAAAACUGAACCAAAUCCUUCAUGCCAGAAAAUUUACAGUGCUUAUUUGAGAGGUUUGUAAGUUAUAAUUUUUAUUAUCCAUUAUUAGCAAUAAAAUUGCACACCAGCAGUCUCAUUUUAUCCUCAAGUUGCUUGUAAAGGGUACUAUAGUUGCUUUAGCACAAAUGUAAAAAGUAGUAGAGACAAUCAGAUGAUUGGUCAAGAACUGUUAGUCCAUUCCAAAGUUUAGUAACUCUACAAUCAGCUUGACUACUCAACACUCUCUAAUACGAGAAAGAUCCAGCAACAAAAAGUAUUUUCAUCUUUUCAGAUGUCUAUAUUGUAUUUUUAUGGUGCACAUGUCGUGAUUUAUGCCUACAGAGUGGUCUGGGAUGGUGAAAAGUAUAGGCAGUAUAAAUCAUUUUUGGACACGUUUCCAAUUAUUAUUAGGUUUAUAAGGUAGCAUGUCACUGUUAUGAAUGGCUCCCUUAGCUAUAAAGCACUAACUAGAAAACUGUAUUUUCAGGAAAUAAAUAAGCCCAAAACGUCUGGGCUGCUGGACAUCAGGGUAAACUCACGAACCAGCACUUAUGUAUGUGUGAAACCGAUUGGCUCUUGCUUAAAGUUUAAAUGAGUUGUAUUUUGUUAAGAUUUUAAACAUUGUAAAGUCUACAGAGUCUUGCCCUUGGGAAGCUGUCAAUCAGUCUCAAAGAGAAAUUGAAUUGGUAAAGAGGUUUAAAGUAACUAAAUGAAGGGGGAUUUAUAUAUUUAGGAUACUUGCUGUUUGUUCAGUAUCUAUCAAUUUAAAUACUGUCAGCUGAAGUUAUAAUUGGCACUUUUACAUGGUUUGACCUGCCCUGGUAUUGUAAGUGUACGUCACUAAAGAUGUGUCGUCCAUUUUUUGCUUCGAAACAGUCUAAGAAGUGUUGUGUAUAUAGUUCAUUUUUAUUGUAAAAUAUGAAAACUAAUUGUAUAGAAAGAUGUGUACAGAGCUUCUGGCAAUGCCUUUUUGUAGUUAUGUAUAAAUUGACCUCUGUGUAGGUGUUUGUGUAUGUUUUCUGUUGAAAGCAGUUUUCUAAAGUUCAUUCUACUCUGUGUAUUGGUCUGUCAGUGAAACUGUCAAAUAAAAAAGGUCCAUUCUGUGA